AUGUUCUUCGUAUCGCUCGUCCUUCUAGCCUUGUGCUCCGUAGCACUAGCAGGUGACUUCGUUGCCGAUAAUCGCAUCAAGGUGUUUCUUUACGGAUUCCCUUCGUUCUUCUCCGAGGUCGCCGUCGACGUUUACAACAACACAUGUCUCGGCUUAGGGAAUAACCUAAUCGAUGGACAUGUACAGUCGAUCCUCGUUGGUGGCCCCAAUGUCGAUGCGGUACUCAGCCGUAGUGACUGCUGGUAUUGCAUGUUUUACGACAACUAUGGAUGCUCAGGCACCGACGACAUGACGCUGACAAUACCGGCUGGCGUGAACAAUCUAGCGAGCGCCGGCUGGGGUGCGAGGAUUCAUAGUAUCAGCUGCAUCAACGAAGCUGCCUAG